GGACCAUCAGACACCCAAAACCUGGCACGGGGAUGCCCCCAGCCCCGCCAGGGCACGUCCCACCGCGCUGGACCACUGUGCCCCUGCUCGGGGCUGGCAGGAGAACUGGGUCAGCCGUGUAACCAUGGAGAUGCUGAGGGAGAUGCUGAAGCGGCGCCAGCACAGCCCCGGCUCUCCAGAACCCUGGAAAGAUUCCCCAGCCCUGGCACCGUCCGUGUCCGGCCGGGAUGGGGCUGGGAAGCUGAGCUGAGCCUCCUCCGGGCGCAGGGCGCUGAUCCCACGGAGCGGGGCCGGGGCCGGCGGGCGCGCAGCGGCUGACCAUGUUCAACGGGGAUGCCAGCUCCAUCACCGGCUCCAUCACCGGCUCCAUCACCGGCUCCAUCACCGGCUCCAUCUCCAGCCCCAUCUCCGGCUCCAUCGCCGGCUCCUCGGCGGCCAGGAAUGUGGUGCGCAGCUCCAGCAUCAGCGGGGAGAUGUACAGCCUGGAGAAGAGCGCGCGGGGCAGCGCCGACUCCGUCUCCGUCACCGCCAGCAAGAAGAGACGCUCCAGCCUGGGCGCCAAGAUGGUGGCGAUCGUGGGGCUGUCCCAGUGGAGCAAGAGCACCCUGCAGCUCAACCAGACUGAGGGGGGCCCCAAAAAGCUGCGCAGCACCAUCCGGAGGAGCACCGAGACCGGCAUCGCCGUGGAGAUGAGGACCAGGGUGACCCGGCAGGGCAGCCGGGAAUCCACCGACGGCAGCACCAACAGCAACAGCUCCGACGGCACGUUCAUCUUCCCCACGACCCGGUUUGGUGCCGAGAGCCAGUUCAGCGACUUCCUGGACGGGCUGGGACCGGGGCAGCUGGUGGGGCGGCAGACGCUGGCAACCCCCCCGAUGGGAGAUGUCCACGUGGGCAUGACUGACCGGAACGGGCAGCUGGAGGUGGAUGUGAUCCAGGCACGGGGACUUAUCCCAAAGAUGGGCUCCAAGUGCAUCCCUGCCACCUACGUGAAGGUUUACCUGCUGGAGAACGGCGUCUGCCUGGCCAAGAAGAAGACCAAGGUGGUGAAGAAAAGCUGUGACCCGUCGUACCAGCAGCCUCUGCUCUUCGAGGAGAGUCCCCAGGGCAAAGUCCUGCAGGUGAUCGUCUGGGGCGAUUACGGGCGCAUGGACCACAAGUGCUUCAUGGGGAUGGCCCAGAUCAUCCUGGAGGAGCUGGAUCUCUCCAGCACCGUCGCGGGCUGGUACAAACUCUUCCCCACGUCCUCGCUGGCCGACUCCAGCAUCGGACCUCUGACCCGCCGCCUCUCCCAGUCCUCCCUGGAGAGCUCCACCAGCCCCUCCUGCCCGUAGGGGGGCAGGUCAGUGGGAGGAGAGGGGAGGGGGAAGGAGACACACCCUGACCUACCCAAACUUGGGCGUGGAGAGCUGUAAAUAUCCUUUCUUUUUUUUUUUUUUUUUUUUUUUGGGUUCCUUUUUUUUUUUUUUUUAAUUUUUAUUUCGAAAAUUCUCCUUCCCCGACCAAAAACCUGCCCCUGGACACGCCCCCCUCCCCACGCUCGUGGAGGGGACGUGGGAGAGGGAGCGAGGGCCGUGUGUGUGAGGCAGGAGGGGGAAGGAGGAGCAAAACAAACCCCCCUCCCCGAGGGCUGCGGCUGCCGAUGAUGAUCCCAGAACUGUUCCCACGCCUCGUCCCAGCACCUGGAAAGCCUCGAGGUGCCCAGUUCUCUCCUGACCCUGGUGAGAGCAGCUCAGUCUGGUUCAGCAGCGUGACUGACGAGGUUCCUUUCCUUCCAUUUCCCUUUCCUUGCCUCCGAGGAAAAAAAGGGAGCUUUCCAAGGGAAAAAAAAAACAAAACAAAAAACACUCAGAAAAAAGAAAAAAACCCAACUCAGCACUACUUUUGUUUUCCAAGGAAUGUAGCAUCUUCUCUUAUGUAGCUUUGCCACGUGCUAACAACACACUCACUGCAAUAUCCAAGAGACUCCGGAUGGGCCGGGAACAUCUGCCAGUCACAUCCCGUUGGUUCAUUUUUCCGAGCACUUUUUGGUGGCCAUUUUCCUUCCUUUUUUUUUUUUCCCUGUUUUUUUUUUUCCCGGUAGCAUGUAGCCUGUGAGCAGUGCCAUUGCCAAAGCAAGAGAGGGCAGGGAAAGGGGCACUCCCCUCACCUCAGCUGGUUCUUCUGCUCGUGUCCCAACCGCUGACUGGGGGGGGCUUGUCCGGCCACGACGAGACCCAAAAGAUGAACUCUGGGAAUGCCUCACCUGGAAAAUUCCAGUCGGGAGAAGGCGGCCCAACGGAGCAGGAAUACCAGGAUCAGCUGGUUGAUCAUCUGCCUCCCGGCCCCUUCCUCCUGUGAGGGCCAGCUGGAGGGCUGGGAUGUCCUUCUUAAGGUCUGGAUGCCUCCUCGGGGUCCAGGAUGCUCUCCUUGAGGACUUGGGAUGCCCUCCUCGAGCUCUGGAAUGCUCUCCUUGAGGUCCAGGAAUGCCCCACCUUGAAGUUGGGAUGCCUUCCUCAAGGUCUGGAAUGCCCUCCUUGAGGUCUGGGAUGCCCUCCUUGAGGUUUGGGAUGCCCUCCUCGAGCUCUGGGAUGCUCUCCCCGAGGUCUGGGCCACCCUCCUGGAUACUUGAAUUCCAAGCAGGAGCGGAGGGUUUGCCCAGCCCUGUUCUCCCAGCUCUGGACUCGCUGAUUUGCUACAGGGGAACAUCUCAACAAAGCAGCUUGUGCUGCUCUGGAAUUCGGGUGCCGGAGAGAGGGGACGGCCAAGGGACUCGCUGGGUUGAGUUUCUCGUCAGGAUUGAGUGUUUUGGGGGGUUUUUGUUUGUGUUGUUUUGUUUGUUUUUCAAAGCAGCAUUUUUGGUUCCCUCCGAGGGACCCAGUUCUUGUAGCAAACCCGAGAAUUAACGGAAGCUUUUUUUGAAGGUGCCUAAAUGAAAUUUGCUGAAAAAAAAAAUACUCAGGGGAGACACCACUAGAAACUCUGGUUUCUUCGUAAAAUGAACCUAAUCCAAUGACUGUCCUGAAGGAUCAGUUCCCAAAAGAGAGGAAAAAAAAAAACCAACAACAAACCCAACACACCAAAAGAUGAGCAGUUUGGAGACUGGAAGAGGACAAGAGGUUAAUGGGGAAUUUUUGCCAACCAGCUGGCUCUGACCUUCAGUCUUCACCACAAACCAACCCACAGCACAGCUGGGAUUUUUAUACGAUUAUUUCUUGGCAAAACACAGAAUUCCACAAUGCACAGAGCACAACAAACCGACCGAGGUUCUCCUGGUGACGCCGGGAACGACGGAGCAGCUCAGCCACCACGGAACAAAACCAAACCUGAAGGGAAAAGACUGUUGGGAUGAAGCUGUUCCCUCCACAAACCCCAAACCUGGGGGCCCACAAACCCCAAACUUGGGGGUCCACAAACCCCAAACCUGGGGGUCCCACAAACCCAUAUCUUGGAGUUCAAAACCCCAAACCUGAGGGUUCACAAACCCAAACCUUGGAGUCCACAAACCCAAACCUGGUGGUCCACAAACCCAAACCUGAGGGUUCACAAACCCAAACCCAAAUCCAGGGGUUCACAAACCCAAACCUUGGGGUCCAGAAACCCAAACCUUGGGGUCCACAGACCCACAUCUGGGGGGUUCAGCAGGACUUCCACUGUGCGGUGGCUGCUUUGCCCAACAGCACCAAAUUUAAGUGACAUUGUGACAAGGACUUUCAGCUGCUGUCUCGACUUUGCCAACCCAAAAUCGCUGCAGACCUCUGAGGAAAGAGGAGGCCCAGAUGCUGCUGACCUGGGACGGGGAAAGGUUCAUCCUUUCACUUCGUGAAGGGUGAAAUCCUCUGCUGGAGCAGCUCGCUCCCAUUCCUGGGCUCCUGCUGGGUGGCAACGGAAGGAACGUGGGAUGCACUGAACCUCCAGUGGUUUGGGGAAGCAAACUCGGUGCCCUGACUCCUGAAACAGGAAUUAGCACUGGUUGGAACGUGAUGUUCCUUGCAGAGCACGGAGCAGCUCUGGACUAGGCUGAGCUUCCUCUGCCCGCCGCUGGAUUUCUGACUGCACGUCCUCCUGAGAGGAAAAGCUUUCCUCUCCUCCGAGCUGACAACUAUUUACUUUUGCUUUACCAGCCCUGUUUCGAUGGGGAAAACAUCAAACCUGCCCCGUGGUGGGAGCAGGGAACGUCCACAGGGCCGUGGAGCAGCGGCGUGGGCAGAGCAGGGAGCUCUGCAGGGACGUUGUGCUCGCUGCUGUGGGCACACACAGCAUCCCACCCCCUCCCUUCCCAGCUCUCUGCAUUCCUCCAGCAGAGCUUCUUCUUCCCUGCUCCUCUCCCCUGCCAGGAACAUCACACGCCUGUGUUCUGACAGAGAGCAGAGGCGGGUGAGGAGCAGCAGAACAUCCCGACCACGCGCCCGGGGUCCGGCAACAACCUCGCUGCUCCUGCCCCAGUUACCAAAACCCUGCUGGAAAAAACCAGGGGAAAGAACCAGCACCUGGAAGGCACAGCCUGGGAGCUCCAGGGAACAAGGAAAACCCGAAGACUUUGGCUUCUUUCUGAGGAUGCACUGGGGGGUGACUGAACAAACUGCUCCCCGCUUCCCCCUCGGUGCUGGGUUCCUGUUUGCUGCCUCACGGGGCUGAUUCCUCCUGUUCCUGGACACUGGAAAGGUGGAGCCACCACGCAGGGACCUCAAAUGACCAAAAUCCAACAAGACUUUCCCUUCUUCCCUUCCAGUCCCCCCUCCAGGAGCUGCCACUCGCUUCCCUGGGGAAGCAGCUGGGUCAGGACCCGCCUUGCAUCGGUGUGGAAAAACUAAACUGGGGGAAUUGUGCCACAGUCACACUGAAACAUCAGCUCCUUCUCCUUUCUCAGCCCCUGAGCCCUUGUGUGAGAUGUUUUCCCUCCUCCAGCAACGAGAACAACGAGGCCAAGACACCCCAUUGCUUUCUACAGGACACCCCAGAAAUCCAAAACUCAGAAAAUUCACUCUAUCCCAGGACAAACCAGAAGCUUCUGCACUCCAGGGUUUUUCCCUUUCCUGGGGGAACAUUUUAUUGCCAAGGGCAUUUUUUUUCCACGUGCAAUAUGAUUUGCAAAAGGUAUUAUGGGUCAGAUUAUCUCCUCUACCUCCCAUCGUGGAAGGAAAGUCAAACCACUUGAUUUGGCAGAUAUUUUUCCCCCUAGAAAGAAUAAUUAAUAUGGAAUGACAUCAGCUUUGCAGGCUGUUUUACACCCAGCCCCCAGCAGUGAGGAGCAGCACCCACCUGACACAGACCUCUCUGAACACUGGGGCUGGAAUCAAACCCCCAGCUGGAGUCACAAGGCUGGAUUUUACCAAAAUAGCCUUGAAAUGGUACUUAAACAUCCCCUAAAUGCUAAUAAAAGUCACAGCCACAGCAGCAAAGCACAGAAAGCACUCGAUGAUUCCAGGCCUAAGUUAUCCCUGUGUUUUCUCCCGGCCUGGAAUGGGCUGAAUUUGCCAAAGUGGAGUGAAAAUUUUCAAGGGCAGCAGGAGCUGGGCCCAGAAAUCAGCUCCUGUGUCAUCAUGGCAUGUUGAGAGGAUGCUUAAAUGUAGUUCUCCUGAAAUCCAGUGAGAUACAGAAACAAUUCCCAGGAAUCAGGAAGCUGAACCUGCUGCCACAGAGCUCCUGAGCCGGUGGGAAGCAUUCCCUCCACAUCCAGCUUUUCCAGCUCUUGCAAGCUUUUUUCUCCAGAAGCAGCUCUUGGUUACAAAUCCAAGAGCGGGAAUUCCUGGGGAGUGGGAUCAGGAUUCCCUUUGCUGGCAGGGAAUCUCUUCUGUGGCACCACAUCUCGGGAAGAGCAGCCUGGACCUGGGUGUCUGGGAGAGGAGCAGCCACAUUCCACACCUUGCCUGGUUUUCCCGGGCUCACAAACCCCCAGCACUGGUGAGAACAGCCAGAGGGUCCUUCCUGCUCCAAAAUUACUUCCAAAAUCAGCACCAGGGAUGUUUUUCCAGGCGGAAAGAAUCCACCUUCUGUUUUCUUCCUUGGGCGCUUCGCUCCAGGCUGACGUGACACGCUCGGACACUCCACAUCUGUCACCUUCCCAAAGGUGUGGGAUUGGCCACUGGUUUGGAAAACAACAGCACUGUUCAGGUCAGGGAACAGUGUUCCAGCACUGCUUGUCUCACUGGCUCAAUCCAAAGCCCAAGUGUGGUUUGCAUCACGGAUAAAAAAAGAUGGGAAGAGCUCUCCCUGCUUUCCUUUGGGAUUUCGUGCCUGCAGGUGGAUCUGGAGAGUCGCCUGCAGGAACAGCAGGGUUUGCAUCCAAAGGCAUGAGGGCCCUUCCAAUGAUCCUCCAGCAAAGCUGCUUCAUCUGGAAAUCUGCCUUCUGCUCCAGAAAUCCCAGGAUGGUUUGGUUUGGAAGGGACCUUAAAGGUCAUCUCGUUCCACCCCCUGUUCCAUGGGCAGGGACACCUUCCACAAGGUUGCUCCAAGCCCUGUCCAACCUGGCCUUGGACACUGCCAGGGAUGGGACAGGGUUUCUUUCUCACAGAGAAAACCCCCCCAACCCCUGGCUGGUUGUUAGAGGUGCAAAAAUCGUGUUUAGGAGCUAAAAAGAAGGUUGAAAAACUGCAGGAAAAGCUCGUUAGGGGGGAAAAAAAAUAAAAGCAUCUGCAGCAGCACUGCUGGAAUUUUGGGGGUGAAGACAAUUCUGCUCACCUGAACCCACCUGGGGAAGAUUUUUAGGGUUUAAAAUAGACCUGGAAAAACGUUCAGCAAGGUUUGUCCUGCUGUCUGAGGUGCUGCCACAGCGCUGGAGCCCAACCAUCCACUUCAGGCAGGGACACCAGGACGGGACACGGACACCAGGAUGGGACACCAGGACAGGACAUGGACACCAGGACAGGGCACAGACACCAGGAAUCCAGGAGGAACCAGCGUGGCCCCACAGCUGCCCCCCAGGCCAGGAGCUGCUGUGCCCCCCGUGCCCGCUGGAGCUCCGGUUGUUGCGAUACCUCAUCCUUUCAUUUGUCCCCCCCUCCUUUCCCCCCCUUUUUUUUUUGUUCUUUCAGACCCAGAGCUUGUGCACUCGACCCACAUUCAGGUUCUGUUUUGUUGUACCCGUGCAAUGAAGAGCAAUCCCAGCCCCGGGCUGUGCAUCUCCCACCCGAUCCCACCCUCUGCUCCCUUUGGCACCGUGGGAUGCUGAGCUCCAGGCGAGGGGAGCACGAGCCCAGGGGGGUCCUCUGGGGGGAGAGAGGGUUUGGAGGGGCCCCCUCUGCGCCCUCCUUUCAUCUCUGCUGUUAAACAGCCCCCCCAACACCCUCCCGGGGAUUCGGUGCCAGAACCCUGCUCCCGAAUCCCUCCCAAAGCUCCUGCCUGAGGCAGGGAUGGAUUGGGAGCCUGGGGAGCAGGCAGGGAUGGAGGGAGGGGUGGGGCGCUGAUCCCGAUCCCCGAGGGGAGGGCUGUGUGUAAAUAUCCAGAUCCCGGC